AUGGAAAUCGAUGUCUGUGCUCAGAUGCCGUUGUUCAAGCGCCGCGAAGGUUGCUCCAUCCGUGAGCGCUAUGAAUUCCGCGAUGUUCUCGGCACCGGAGCCUUCUCUAAGGUCUUUCUCGCCGAAUGCAAGCAAGAGCCUGGACAUAUGGUGGCUGUGAAAUGUAUCGAUAAGAAAGCGCUCAAAGGCAAAGAAGACUCGUUGGAGAAUGAGAUCAAAGUGUUACGAAAGUGA